GCAACAGUUGCUCAGGUGACUGAAGGACACUCCCACCUGCACGCAGACAGACAUCUGUUGGUGACAGCCGGAGCAGCUCGUGCCCAGAGUGGAGCUCAAACCUUCAGCGUCACUCAGAGAGAGAAAGAGAGAGCAGCCACAUGCUGCAGGUGUAAUAGAUGGAUAAGUUACCAACACACUAAUGGCGCUGUUUUUCGUGUCUUAAUUUUAAAAAGUGCAUCACUUCAGGGAUUGAGCGUUUGAAUUUGAUCACAGCCCUUCAGUUAUGGACCGACUGGAUGAAUGGAGCUUCAAGCCCAAGAGUCUGGAGCUGGAGGAGGAUUUCUACUUCGACUACGGAGCGGAGGAAAUAACAGAUUAUCAAGACCCCAACGAACUCCUGGCUGCUCUGAAACAAAAGGAGGAAGAGGUUAUUUUGGCAGCCCAGCUGGGAAACGCAUUGCUCCUGGAAAACCGUCAGUUAAAAGAACAGGGAGAAAAACUUCAUGAACAAUACGCUGACAAGCUGGAGGAGCUGGAGCAGGGCAGGCAUGAGCUGCGGCUAAAGCUGGAGGGCUGCCAGUCCCAGUGGGAGAGCCAGGUGGGAGACCUGGAGCGUGAUGUUAGGGAGCUGAGUGCUGAGGUGGAACAGCUCACUCAGGCCCUCAGUGAGGCCGAGAAGGACAAGAGCCGUGCCCAGCAACAGCACAGCGAGGAGACGCAGCGGCUCAGGGAGCAGCUCCACACGGCGAUGGAGGUGGAGAGAGCCAUGUCCAGUGAGCUCCAGGCUCUAAAACAAGAGCUCCAACAAAAAGUGAACCACAGCCGGCCGCAGGAGGAGGAGCUGAUAAGUGCCAUGAGGGAGCAGGUGCUUCGUCUCACCCAGAAGGAGCAGGUGCUCGAGGAACGUCUGGAGUCUGUGUGUCGAGAAAACACUGAGCUGAGGGCCAGUUUGGCCUCUUUACAUGCCCGCCUGGCUCUGCAUGACCAACUGAACCAGCAGCACAGCCAGCAGCUAGCAGAGGCGUGGCAGGAGGUGGAAGCAGCGCGGGGUCGCUCUCAGCAGCUGCAAGCACAGGUGGAGGAGCUUCAGGAGGAGGUUUCCCUGCAGGAAGCCAGGAGCCAAGGAGACGCCUCCAUACUCUCUGAGCUGGAGAACAGUCUGGAGACAGCGACACUGGGAAUCGGCAAAGAAGAGAUAAAGCAAGAAAUGGGCUCCAUCCUUCAGUUACUGCUCCCACUGACCCAGCAGCUGAACAGCACAGAGACUUCAGAGAUUGUGGGUCAGCAACAGGACCUGCAGGCGUUGCUGCUGCAGCUGAAGGGAGUGGCUCAAACUUUGGCCCAGACGUCCGACUCUCAGGAGCUGAGUCGGGCCUUUGUUGACGAGACGGGUGAUCAGUGUGGGAAUCUGAGCACAGCACAGGAGCUGAGAGAUCAGAACGCUGUGCUGCAGCAGCAAAAUGCAGAGCUAAGGCAGAAACUACAGAGCAUGCAGGAGAACACUGAAGCUGUCAAACAGGCCAUCAGGGACCGAGAUGAAGCCAUCGCCAAGAAGAACCUGAUGGAGGCUGAGUUGGUGAGAAGUAAAAAUGACAUGAUGUGUCUCAACAACCAGCUGUUAGAAGCUAUCCAACGGAAACUUGAGCUGUCACAGGAGCUGGAGGCCUGGCAGGAUGAUAUCCAGAUCAUUAUCAACCAGCAGCUUAGGACUCAGCAGCAGUCGGAGCUUCCUCAGAAGAAGUCACCAUCAAAUGGCAUGUCCUUCUUCCGCCGACCCAGCAAGGCGACCUCCACCUGGACACGCCAGCCCUCCUCCUCUUCCACCUGGAGUUCAGACUCUAAUCAGGACAAAACCCAAUCCCCCUGGAGGGACUGGCUAAGACGGGGGAAAGGAGUGCAGUAUGGGAAAUAAGACAUUAGAAAAAACUGAAGCUCUUUAAGGCAAAAAAAUAAGUCGGAAGAGCAGUUUCUGUACAUCAAGUAUGGUGAAAAGAAGCCAUGGAGACACUUUGAAUACAAAACUGAACAACAGAGCCACUACUAACAAAGACAUUUUCAAGAAACACUUACCUGAACACAUUUCACUGAGGCUGAGCCUUUCUAAUACUGUGACAACACUAGAUAUUUCACAGAAUAAUGUUAAAGCUUUGCUUGAGACUGUAAAUAUUGUGCCUUAUUUUAUAAUAUUAUAAAUGUAUGUUUAUGUCUGAUACUUUUUACAUGGUAUUAAAAGUAGGUGUAAAAAGUGUGUUCAUAUUAUUUAAUGUCACAGAUCAGAGGGAAAGAAGUCAGCAGUAAAUUCAUGAUCAAACUGUUGAGUUUUCAUACUGAUUUUUUCCUUUACAUAUCAAGUUUGAAAAGAGAAACUGUCAGUUUUGCUUGAAAAAGCGAAACAUGCUACCAUUUUGAUUGUAUGAAAAAACACUAUGUAUUCACAAACAUUCAUGAAGCUAUUUUUAUACAAUUUUGUGUUAUAUGUUCUCUGCAUGAUAAUUUGAUAUGCAAUGUGUUUGUUCUGUGGCUCAGUGCUCAGUAUUAAAGAUGCGUAGUACAAACUGUGUUUUGUCUCCUGAGCUGCCAGACUAAUAACAUCUAUAGUGAUUGUUAAAUCACUUCAUUAAACAGCUGUUCAGGUUGAGAAUACCGACAUUUAACAAAAUGGAAAGGGGUAAAUG